UGAAAGGGACCUUUGGCGAUGCUUUUUGAAAGAAUCGGCAGAUACAACAACAAACACCUUGCUGAACUACAACAAAUAAGGUCGUGCAUGGAAACGUGAGAGAGAGUGAAGGCACUGUAAAAGCCCGGGGGAGUAAGGAAGCGAGAGUUCAGCUGAUUGAUGGUCUUGGUGUCUGUGGAAGAGUGAGGAGAAGGACAGACUCAGUGCUUAUUUAACGCUGCUACAGAGAAGCUUCUAGUGCGAGAGUCAGCAGCCAUGGCUUCCCCUGGGGUACUGGAAGAGUCCAGCUCCGGAGAAGCCUGUUCUGGGGGCUGCCCAGAGCAGUGGGACGAGAAGACAGAGGAAGAGCUGCAGGGCCAGUUUGAGCAGGCAGCCAAACAUGUACAGAAUGUGGCCAGUGUAGCAAGCACAGAACAGCUUCUGUUCCUGUAUGCCAGGUAUAAGCAGGUCAAAGUUGGAAGAUGCAACACUCCCAAACCUGGAUUCUUUGAUUAUGAGGGUAAAAAGAAAUGGGAAGCCUGGAAAGCUCUGGGAGAUUACAGCUGUCAACAGGCCAUGAAUGAAUAUAUUGAAACUGUGAAAAAACUGGAUCCAGACUGGAGUCCUCAGGCACUGGAGGAACCUCACAAGGAGCCCAAAACCACUUUUGGUGGUCCAGUGGUUAGUUGCCUUUACAAAGUCCAAGAAACACUAAGGGAAGAAGAUAAAGACAUAUUUGACUACUGUAGAGAGAAUAACAUCUCUCGUGUAUCACAUGCAUUGUCUACAGGGGCCAUUGAUGUGAAUGUGGCAGAUGAUGAGGGACGGUGUCUCUUGCACUGGGCCUGUGACCGUGGACACACCCAGCUAGUAUCUGUUCUUCUGUUUCAUAAUGCUCAUAUAAACAUGCAGGACUCUGAGGGACAGACACCUCUGCAUUAUGCCUCUGCUUGUGAGUUCCCAGAUAUAGUAGAUCUUCUCCUGGAUCAUGGUGCUGACCCAUCCCUUGUUGAUAAUGAUGGUUUCCAGCCGCAUGAAGUAACAGACAGCAAGAAUAUAGCUGCGAUGCUUCAACAACACGCCUCAUACGGGGAACACAACAAACCUGCAAGCCUUCUCUUAGAAAUGCCACAGUAAACACACAAUGCAACAACUUCAAGUCUGUUUCAUUUGAUUUCCAGAAGUCAUCAUCUCACAUUAAAGAAAAAUGUCCUGGGGUUAUGUGUGCAAUUGGUCACAUUUUAAUUCCUGUUCUCAUACAGGCCUUUGGUUAUUAACGGUUCAAAUGAAGCCUUUAUUUUUUUCUAGACAUUAUUUUAUCAUUAAUGAUGAACCAUUCAUGGAUAUUUAAGGCUGUGAUAUUAAUUUCAAUAAACAGGGUUUCCUUUCAUUUUCUAGUAAGUAGAUUUGUAUUCUAUUUUAAUAUGCAUGAUCAGUAAACACCCAUGGGCAUCUGUUAUACUGCCCAGAAAGCCUUAUUUAACUUCAUAUUUAUUGGGUGUGAACUGCUUUAUGUGCUUUAUGGUCAAGUAGAAUAUUGCCUAGGAACUCUGUCAGGGAUUGAAUCAUCAUGAAUAAUGUCUGAAUGCUUAACAUCUGAUACAUAUUGGAGAGCCUGUGCCUCAGUUCCUACAACAUCAAUGAGAGUACCUGCAUUACAUACACAAAUUGUAUAGGGAAUAUUGUACCCCCUGUCACAUGAUAUAAGAAUCUUAGAGGACAACAAGGUGUUCAGUUUGAGCUGCCUGCUAAUAUCCUUGUGUUGUAAAAAAGAGGGUACAUGUGACACAAAUGAUAAAUGACUAAAAACUGAUCAGAACUAAUAACACCGUUUAUAAAAAUAUAUUUUACAGUUUAUUCAUGGCUUUUGUGUAUAAUUUCAAUAUAUCCCAUCAGUAUUAUUGCCAUGCAUAUAUUGCUUGUAGUAUAUUUCGAUCUCCUAGCAAUACAUUCAGGAGCCCUAAAUGAUUAAGGAAAUAUCUCCCAUCUGUAAAUGGCGUGCUUGCUGGAAGAAAUUUCCCAGUAUUAUUGUGCCCUUCCCCAUUGCUUUCUACACGGUUUAUUUGCUUGCAACCCCUUUAACUUAAAUCCAGUGUGUAUUCCUUUGUUGCUGCUUGGUGUAACAUCUAAAUCAGCAGUUCUCCGACUUUUUAUUUACUCAACCUGUUCAUAUGUUUUUGUUAUGGAUUUUUUAUUAUACUAUGGAGCACUAUGCAGUAAUUGUGUCCUUCCCCAGGAAGCCAUUAUCACUUGGAACUUACAAGAAGAGGAACAGCACAUGGGAAGUUUUGUCACAACUUUUAAUACCUGUUGGGCAGGAAGACAUAUUGGAUCGUUAUCUGGCAAAAAACUGGACCAAGUUUUCAGUGUGCUGCCGCAGGAUGAUUCCAUAUGUUGCCCCUUUUUGAGGGGUAUUGUGCUUAUUGUGCAUGGUGACUAACUUCACCAAAGAAAGAGACCCAAUCGCACACAUUCAUCCAAAACUAUAUGGGGUUAACGUUGGACUGUACUUUACAUUAAAAAAGUAUGUAACAGGAGGUUAGCUUAGUUAGAACAUGUUUGGUCCCUCACAGUUGCAAUUGGCUUGCUGUGACUACAUAUUGGUUGUGUAUAAAAUAAGUAUCAACUGAGCCCAUAUAUGUUGCUCUUUUUAAAAUAAAUAAAUGGUUGUUAUGCAGUAAAUUCAUACUGUUAAUAUGAAUGUAUGGCUAUGUAUUAGGUAAACCUACAUUUUAUUUUUUAACUGUGUCAAGUAACCCACAUUUCCUUUCUUGUUUUUACUUAUUACUGCUAUAAAUAAAAAGGAUAUUAUUAUUCACAGUGA